AUGGAGUGUACUCAAAGACUUGAGUGUACACAAGAGGUUAAUGGUAGUCAGCAGGAAAAGUCUUUUCCGGAGCAGAUUGGGUUCCUGGGAAUAUGUGGUACAAAAUAUCCAGUGAAGAAAGGUCCAAACAAAAUAGGAAGAGAUCCACAGACAUGCAAUAUUGUUUUAAAUUUAAAUUCUGUAUCCAGACAACAUGCUGUUAUUAAUAUUUUAAAUGAUAAAGAAUAUAUGAUCAUGGAUUUAGAUUCAGCCAACAAAACAAGAUUACUUGAUAAAAGUUUGCCACCAUAUAUACCUCAUCCUCUUAAAAAUGGCGACACUGUUCAAUUUGGUCAGAUCUUCGGUGUUUUCCGAUUGCUUGAAGAAGAUAAUGAUCUACCAAUGACUCAGGCUUUAGACAUUCCUGAAACACCUAUGAUAAAUAGGCAUAUAUCAAAACUAAACAAUUUUCCUACUACCAUUAUACCGGAGUCACCAGAUGUUAGUGAUAAAGAUGAAUCUUUUAUUGUGGCCUCACAAGAUAAAAAUGAAAAAGGAUUUAAAAGCCCAAACAAUCACUUUAUAAAACCUGGAAGAACUAUUGCUAUUCAGCCAGUAGGAACAAAUAAAAUUGAUAAUAUUUACUGGAACUCCUCAAAAAAAUCUGCUUCAUUUGAAAUGCAUUCAGAUGAUUCGGGUGAUGCUGUUGUUGAAACUCCUUUGAAAGCUACCGAUAUAGUUUCUAAUAAAAGCAUUUAUGAAAUGGAUACUCAAGUUCCUUUUCUUCCUGAACAAAAUCAAGUUCUAGAUGCUAUAUUUACUGCAAACACUCAGUUACCGUCAAAUAUUCCAUUACCAUCUAAUACUCCUAGUUUGGAAACAAAUUUAACGAAAAAUGAUAACUUACCUGACAUACAAAAGAUUCACAACCAACUUGAGAUGAAACUUGAUCUGUUUGUAGAAAAUAAAGAAAAUAGCAAUAGCAUUUAUAAUGCAGAAACACAGCAAUUUGUUAUAAGCAAGGAGGAAAUAGAAACAAAUAUAGGCCAUAAGAAAGAUCAAAAGGUUGCAGAAGCUCUUGAGAACGCGCCCAAAAAAAGUCUAAAUAUAUCUGAUGAAGAAAUUCUCUUUGAUGAAGUGGACAAUGAAGCAUUUCAAGAUGACUUCGAAUCUCAACCUAUACUAUUAGGAGCUGAAAUAUUAGAUCCCAAAGAGACUAACACAAGCAUAAAUAAGAAAAAUGAUAAUCAGAAACUAAUGAAGAGAGGAGUACGGAUAAACAGUGACAGUUCGACCGAUUGUGAGGAUUUUGAUAUGUUGCCUACUCAGAAAAUUCAAGAAAAUCAAGAUUUUAACUCUGGAUGUCAAGAAAACGGACCCUCUGGUGAUAAAUUACAAAACACUAAAAAUUUAAAUAUACUUGAAAACCUGAAGCCAAAUGAUGACAGUACAGACUGCGAAGAUAAUUUAUUUGAAACUAGAGAAAAAGUUAAUGAAAAUGCUCAUAAUAAGCCAGAUGAUGAUGAUUCUACUGAUUGUGAAGAUGAUAUCCUACCUUGUAAUUCAAAUGCCAUUAUUAAAAAAGAUGAUAAAUUGAUUAGUUUUGAGAAUUUGGCAACCCAAGUUAUAGCAAUUGAUAGACCUAAUGAGGCAGACGACAUAAAAAAUAAAACAGUAUCUGCGGACUUAGACUUUGAAGAUAUGCCGACGCAAGUCAUUGAAGAAGUAAGUAUUGAAAAUGGUUCAAUGAAUAUCGGUAAAAGUGCAAAAGACUCUUCAUUUGAAGAUUUACCAACCCAAGUAUUAGAAAUCGACUCUCCAACGGAAGCAUUUAAACAAAGUGUGAUUUCUAUAGAAAAAAGCCCUUUUAAAGUUCCAAUGCCAUCUUUAAAAAAAAGCAAAAGAAAAGAAAUUAACAAAUCAGCAGUAACAAAUAAUUUGUUAAAUAAAUUAGAAGAGAAAAAAAUAAAAAAUCGUGUAAUGAAUGAUGAUAAUUUCUAUGAAGCAACCCAAGACAUAUUUAAUGAUUUGUGCACUCAGAAAGAUACGUGUUCAGAUAUUGAGCAGUUAAGCACAGACAACGGUGGUUAUGGUGUCAUAUCUUUAAUAUCCGAAGAAAAAGAGUUGGUCGCGAAAAAUUUCGCUGUUGACAAAUCUUCAGAAAGUAGUGACGGAGAUGAUAAAAUAAAUAGGUUUGUUACUAAUUUAUCAAAUCAGCAGAUUAAAGAUAUUAUCGGAGUUAAAGGCAAAAAAAUAACGAAGGUAAGGAAGGUGCUUAGUGAUAACUCAGAUAUAGAUAUUACGCCUAAAAAAGUAAGCCCCCAUACAUUAAUGGAAACUGAGUUGCCAAAUAGUCAAGAGAUAAAAACGUCUGUUACACUAAGUUCAAGAACACUAGUUACUGAUUCGUCAAGUGAUUCUGAUACAGAACACGAUUCACAAGAUCAGCUUACUCCAAUUCUGUUCCGAAAAAAUAAAAAAAAUAAAAGCGCUAAAUUAGAUUUAACAAAGAAAUUCGAUGUAGAAAAAAUACCUUCCAGAAUUAUAACGCGAGUAAGAAAACCUACUGCGAAAUUACUAAAUAGUGACAUGGAUUCAAAAAAUACUGCCAAAAAUAUAUUAAAACCCAGAUUUAUCACAGAACAAGAGGAAAAUAUUGAUAAAGAAAUUAUUACUGAAAAUAUAUCUCGUCUUAAAGGAAAAACCGCUAAAAGGAAAAGUGGCAGUGAGAGUGGGAAGUCGAGUGAUAAUAAAAAACAUGAUGAACAAAUUUCAAAAGAUGUGAAAUCAGACUCACACCAGUUACCCAAUAACACUCAAAAUCAGCCAAUUAAUGUAGAAAAAAUAAGUGAAAACAAAAAGGACGAUAAACUAUACGAAGAAAAACAAAUCGAAAAUAAGAAAAAUUUACGUGAACAGUCUAAGAAACAUAAAAUCAAUGACCACAAACAGACAGAUACAACCAAAAAUGACGACAAAAUAGCCAGUGAUAAGAAGAAAAAUGAUAAUAAGAAUUUUUUUGAAAUAAAAAAGAAAAGCAAAUCACAUAAAACAUUAAAAGAAGCCAUAGAAAGCAGUGAUAAUGUAAAAAAAUCAUGUAAAGAUUCUCAUAAAACAAGAGGAAGUACAGAGCUUGUAACGAGACGUGAAACAGCAAAUGAACUGUCAAAAACUAAAAUUAAUCAGGAUGACAUGAAACAAACGUCUAAAGAAGUAAGUGUAACACGUACUAGAACUAGACGUAAAGAAAACGAUUACAAAGAUGAAAUCAAAUGUACUAAUAAAGAAACCAAAGAUAAGACCAUGUUGUCAGGAAAGGGUGAUAAAAGAAAACGUAAUUAUGAAAAUCAAGACAAAGAUAAUUCAUCACCGGAAAAAGAGAUAAGACGAAGCAAGAGACAGAGGACAGUUAAAAAUGACUUUGAAGCGAAUAUUGAACAAUGUACGAAAUCUAACUCUAAAAAAAAUAACCCAGUCAAACGUGAGCAAAGUACUGUAUAUAGUAUUCAUAGUAUCUCUUCGGAAUCAGGAAGAGAUUCUCCGAAUGAUAAACGUUUUAAGAGGCCUUCAAAUGACGAAGUAGUUCCAAAUGUCAAGAAAACUAGGUCAGUAACAAAAGCGGAUGACAGUACGUCGUUAAAAACUCCAAGGAACAUAAAAACACAUCGAGUUUUAUUUACGGCAUUUCCCUGCGACGAAGUCAAAGUGAAAUUGGAAAAAUUAGGUGCGGUUAUUGUAACGGAUGUGACGGCGUGUACAGUAUUGCUGACAUUACAAAUAAAACGGACAUUUAAGUUGCUAUGCGCAAUGGGACUAGGUCUGCCGAUAGUGGGUCCCAGUUGGGUCCAAGCGUGCGCUGAUACCAACAUGAUUGUUGAUCCUUGGCAUUACCUUAUCAAAGAUGAGGCGACAGAGAAACGCUUCCAGUUUAACUUGGAGCGAACGUUAUGUGGGAAGAGAAAUUUCUUGAAGGGAUACAAUGUAUCAUCAACACAUAAUGUAAUGCCCAAUGCUAUGGAGAUGAAAUUGAUUGUAGAAUGUUCUGGUGGGACGUGGAAAGAAGAAGGUCCAAAGUGGAUCUGCGUUUCCUGUAGUGCAGACAAGUCCUUGUGGCCCUCGCUGAAGCGGAAAGGUGCUACGAUAGUUUCGACGGAAUUCAUUCUGGCCGGUGUUUUGAGGCAGAAAUUAGAUAUCGAUCGAAAUAAGCUUGCGUGA